GGGAGGAGGGUGAAUCACAGACGCGUGUCGAGGAGCCCAGACCCCGGAAGCACCGGCCGCAGAAGCGUAGGACCUGGUCUUGGCAGCAGAAGACAGUUUUUCAGCCACCUCUUCCAAAAUGGUGACUGCCAAGGUGUGGGUGCUGAAGAAGCAUUUUGAGGGUUUCCCCAAGCCCAGCAACUUUGACCUGAAAAAGAUAGAGCUGCCAAGCCUAAAGGAUGGAGAGUUGCUGCUUGAAUCAGUGUUUCUUAGUGUUGAUCCUUACAUGAGACCUUAUAGUCAAAGGGACAUGAAGGAAGGAGACAUAAUGAUAGGCACACAGGUUGCCAGGAUUAUAGAAAGCAAGAAUCCAGCUUUUGCAGUUGGGGCCUUUGUUGCGGCUAAUAGUGGCUGGAGAAGUCAUUUCAUCUCCGAUGGGAAAGGCCUCCAUCUCCUUCCUUCAAGCUGGCCAGAAUCACUCCCCAAGUCUCUGGCUCUUGGGACAGUUGGCAUGCCAGGCCUUACCGCAUAUUUUGGUCUGUUCGAGGUCUGCAAAAUGAAGCCAGGAGACACAGUGCUGGUUAAUGCUGCAGCAGGUGCUGUAGGCUCUGUGGUGGGGCAGCUUGCUAAAAUUGGGGGUUGCAAAGUGGUUGGCUGUGCUGGCUCAGAUGACAAGGUUGCUUAUCUGAAAAAAAUAGGCUUUGAUGAAGCCUUUAAUUACAAGACCGUUACAUCUUUGGAUGAAGCACUGCGUAAAGCCUCUCCUGAUGGCUAUGACUGUUUCUUUGACAAUGUGGGUGGAGAAUUUUCCAGUAUUGCCAUCAACCACAUGAAGAAAUAUGGAAGGAUUGCAGUCUGUGGAGCCAUCUCUCAGUACAAUGACUCCAUGCCCCAGAAAGGACCUUAUGUUCAGAUUCCAAUGAUCUUCAAGGAGCUUCAUAUGGAAGGGUUUAUUGUCACUCGCUGGAAUAACCGCCGGGAGGAAGGUCAGAAGGCACUGCUGAAAUGGGUCCUGGAGGGAAAAUUGAAGUACCAUGAACACGUCACUGAAGGAUUUGAGAACAUGCCAGCAGCUUUCAUUGGAAUGUUAAAGGGAGAAAAUCUUGGAAAAGCUAUUGUAAAAGUCUGAAGGUUGCAUAUUCCUGGGGAGGCAGGCAAAGGAGAAUGUGAUUCUGUUCAGAUAAGUGCUUUUAACUCACUGUUCAAAAGGUAUAUUUCAGUAUUUUUGGUGGACGUUGGUGAAGAUAACCCCUUAAUAAUUGGUCACAUAACUGUAAUGUAUGUCAAAGGCCUUGCUCUUGAAGAACUUGAGACUUGCUUCCCAAAGAUAAACAAAAAAGCCUUAAAUCUGUUAAACCUCAUCAGAACUGUAACUGAUUUAAUAGUAGUUUGAACAAAUCUAGGUGGACUCAUAGAAAGAAAAGGGCCAUUCUGAAAGGCUUCCCAGCUGAUGGCACAUCUGAUGACUAAUGUUUACCUAUUGAUUUGGCCCAGAACUCAGCAAGAGGGAAUUUUAUUUUGUAAACAAUAUUAAGGAGCAAAGAUCAGGCUAACUGUGCAGGGGUUCCCAGUUUCCUCACAAGGCUGGCAAUU